AUGGGGAAUCAGAAUUACAAGACGGUAAACUUUUUGGCAUUCAACUUUGCUGGAUUUGCGUGCAUUGCAUUAGUGGUUUUCCUUUCGUCUACGCAGCCAUUCUUCUUAGACCUGGUGGUACGGGUAGACAGUAAAAAAAUUGGCAGUAUAAUAGGUACUUUGGGAUUUAUAGAUGAAUUGACAUCGGUUGUGACAUCUCCUUUUAUAGGGGCGUUGUGUGAUAAAGUGAAUAAUAUGGUUUAUGGUACUGGGAUACGGAUGGUCGGAGGGACUAGGGCUAUUGAAUUUGGGGGAUUUGGAUUGAUAGGGAUCAGUUUAAUUGGAUAUGCAAAAUUAGGAAACAGUAUAGACUGGUUAUAUUUGUGGAGACCCGUAUUUGCAGUUGGGGUUACUGGUUGUAUGAGCAUGGUGACAGUGAUGUUGAAUGAAUUAUCAAACUCCGACUUUAAAUUGGCAUUCUGGAAGAAACAAAAUGAAGUAGUUGAGCAUGAAUUCGAAGACAGAGAGACCCUUGAAGCUGAUGGGUCGUACACAGUGGAAGAUAUUCCAGCUUGGGAGGAAGGGAAUAAGAAACAUGGGAGAUAUGCUGCGUUUAUUGGUAUAUCAACCGGUUUGGGGGCCAUUUUUUCCGUAUCUUUCUUCCUUCCAAUGCCAUCUAAACUUUCGGACUCACUUUCUAUACCAAUUAAGGAAGGUCUCCAGCUAUCCUAUUUAAUUCUAGGAUUCGUAGCAAUUGCUGCAGGGGGGUUUUUAUUGGUAACUCUCUAUGAUUCGACAAGACACAAUGAGUCAGUGCCUCACACAAACAGACCUGGGUACUUUCAAUUACUUCAUGAAGGGGUUCUUGCGUCAAAGGGCAAUAUUAAAAUUCAAUUGGCGUAUUUGGGGUCGUUUGUGGCCCGGUCAACUACGGUGGUCAUGUCGGUAUUUAUUCCGCUAUUAGUGUACAAUUUCUACUACAAGAGCGGAAUAUGUGGUUCUGACGGGGAUGGCAUGCCGUCCAAACAAAGCUGUCGUGAUGGAUAUGUAUUUGCAGCAAUAUUGACUGGUGUCGCACAAACAGUAGCUCUAUGUUCAGCUCCAUUAUGGGCAUGGCUUAUAGACCACCCACUGAUCGGGAGUACAAAGUCUUUAUUUAUAUCUUCAUGCCUAGGGAUAAUAGGGUGCUUCGGAUUGUGCAUCAUGGGUUCCAAAUCCGAUAUCUACGACCCCAGAACCGCAGGUUCCUUCAUAGUCGUGAGCUUUAUUGGCUUAUCACAAACGGGGGUUAUAAUUACAAGCAUGAGUUUUAUUAGUAGCUUGAAAAAAACUGGUAAUUCGACAGAUACAAUCGGCAGCAUAAGUGGUUUAUAUACUUUAUGUGGUGGACUAGGUAUUUUGAUCAUUACAAAAGUUGGAGGCUUAUGGAGUGACCGCUGGAUUUUAGGUCCGUUCUUUGUUCUAGGCUUAUUCAACCUUAUCUUGACCGUAGUAUCCGCUAUUGGUUUAUAA